CACACACUCUGUUUGUCAACAAGCGUCACGGAAACGAGGAAGGUGUUACUUUGCUGCGCGCUGUAUGUAAACAUAGUUAUUUUUGUAAGCUGCUUAGCAGGAAAAAAACGGACCCCACUGCUAAGAUUCGACCAAAGGUGCAGUUUUAAAGUGCUGCGAGGUGAAUUGGUUGCGUUGAAAGUGUGUCAGUGCGGUUUGGAUUGCGUUUUAAGCAUCGUUAAGCCCCAUUUAAAUACACAUAUCAUACAGCAGAGUUUACAGUGCCAAAAGCAAGCGCAACACACAAGCGGACACUGGCAAAGAAGCCAUAAACAAUCGUUCCACCUAAAGUUCUUCCACCAGUUCUUCCAGCUAAGUUAAGGCUAGCAAAUAAAGUUACCGUGCGGCCACAACCGAGUGCAGCACAGCACAGUUUGUACAAGUGAAUCGGCAACUUCUCGGUUAUCCCGAAAAAUAGCAACGUACACCCACUAUCUUAUCUCGCGAUAGGAGGCAAAUAGUUCCAUCCGACGAAGACUGCGACCACGUGUGCUCUCCAAACCCAAGAAUCAUCUUUACCGCAGUUUUUUUUUCAAAAAGAAGCCAACAAAAUGAUGCGCUCCUUUGGACCGUUGGCCGCCCGGCUUAUUGGGCAGGGGCAGGGGCUCCCCGCGCCGGUCGGCCGGCACCAGCGCUACUGGAGCCAGCGGUGCGUACGGCUGCUCAGCACCAAGCGGCAGGUGAAGUAUCUCGAGGACACCAUCUUCCCGCCGGAGAACGGGCUGGAGCAGAACUCGCUGUACGACAACAACAUUCCGGUGCCGCACGUUACCCUCGACCACUACCUGUGGGACCAGUUCAGCCAGUGGGCCAACAAGACGGCAGUGGUUUGCGGUAUUACUGGGCGCAACUACACCUACGGCACGCUGCGCGAUCACUGUGCGGCACUGGCGAUCCGAUUGCAGCGGAAGUUGCACCUAAACUUCGGCCAAACGCUCGCCGUGUGUCUGCCCAACAUUCCAGAGUUCCCGCUCGUCACGUUCGGUGGCAUCGAGGCCGGACUGGUGGUGACGACGAUUAACCCGAUCUACACGGCAGAGGAAAUUUCCCGCCAGCUGGUGGACAGCGACGCCAAGGUGCUGAUCGGACUGGCUUCCAACUAUGCAGUAUUACGGGAGGCGGCACAGCAGGCCAAGCGCGACAUACCGAUCGUCUGCAUCCGGUGCACCAACGACGAAAGCCUGCCGGCCGGUGCGAUCGACUUUGCCGAGCUUUCCAACCCGAAAGGCAUUCACUACAGCGAGCUGCGGCAGCACGAUCGCACCGCGGACGAUAUCGUCUUCCUGCCCUACUCGUCCGGCACGACCGGCAUGCCGAAGGGGGUCGAGCUGACGCACCUGAACAUUGUCUCCAACAGUGAGAUGCUGGCGGUAAAGGCAGGCAACGGCACGGUGGUGCUGCCCACCACCGACACCUUCCAGGACGUGCUGCCGUGCGUGCUGCCCUUCUUCCACAUCUACGGCCUCACGGUGACGAUGAUCUCGAAGCUGCGGCAGGGCUGCAAGCUGGUCACGCUGCCCAACUUCAAACCCGACACGUUUCUGAACGCGCUCGCCGAGCACAAGGGCACGGUGCUGCAUCUCGUCCCACCGAUAAUUAUCUUCCUCGGCCAUCACGACGGCGUCAAGCCACGGCACACCGACUCCAUCCGGAACGUGUUCUCGGGCGCGGCGCCGAUGGGAACGCCCGACGCCGAACGCUUUACCGCACGCGCCCCGAACGCCGAGUUCAUCCAGGGGUACGGGCUGACGGAAACGGCACCGGUGGUGCUGAUGGGUGCGCUCGGCUCGCGUAACUACGCCUCGGUUGGAUCGCCCUGUCCUCGCACGCAGGCGAAAAUUGUCGACCUGAACGAUCCCACCAACACGGCCCUGGGGCCGAACCAGUCCGGCGAGCUGCUCGUCCGGGGGCCGCAGGUCAUGAAGGGCUACCACAACAACCGCAAGGCGACGGACGAGAUGAUCAUCGAGGGCGGGUGGUUGCGCACCGGCGACAUUGCGCACUACGACGACCAGCUGCAGUUCUACAUCACCGACCGGCUGAAGGAGCUGAUCAAGGUGAAGGGCUUCCAGGUGCCGCCGGCCGAGCUGGAGGAGCUGCUGCGAUCGCACGAAGCGGUGGCCGAUGCCGCGGUCGUCGGCAUGCCGCACCCGGUGGCGGGCGAGGUGCCGCGCGCGUUCGUCGUACCGAAGGCGGGCGCGCGCGUCUCCGAGGACGCACUGAAGGCGUUCAUCGCGGAGAAGGUGGCCGUGUACAAGCGGCUCGAGGGUGGCGUCACCUUUUUGGACAGUAUUCCGAAGAACGCGUCGGGCAAGAUCCUGCGGCGGCAGCUUAAGCUCGAGCAUUGCUCGUAGACCGGGCAGGGAAAGGCUCCCGCAUCACACGAUAUUACCCUUGGGCUAGGUUGAAGGGUUCCACUACUUGUAAAAUCUCAUCUUCCUCUAGGUUUUGUUUGUUUUUGUUUUUGGGCAGGGCAAUGUGAAGCGAGGGAUAGGAAAGGAGCGAGAGAGAGAGCGAGGGGAGGUUAGUGUAGGCACGUGUGCUGUUUGUUUUUUUAUUAAGCUGACCAUUCUCGAGCACAAACCGGUUUUAGCGCGACCCCCUUUGGGAAAAAUGAUCGCCAAAGACCGUACUGUGUGUGAAGGGCUCGGUUUUAGCGCGGCUUAUCCCCCAUUUUGUGGGGCGGCUUAGUGGUGGUUUUCUGUGGUACUGUAUGUUAUGUUUUUGUUUUUAAUAGGAGGACGUGUUACUUUAGCUUUAGCCCGCCCUUUCCGCCUUUCUCCUCGAGCCCAGUGAGCACAAAGCAUUAAGUACAUGUUAAAACGUAAGCGUAAAAAUAGACCAUUUUGUAUCCUUAAAAAGUGUAAAUGCUCAGUGCAGCAAAAUGUCGCUGUCAAUGUCAUAAAAAAAUCUGACUAAAACAAAA